GUCAAGUGAUUUGUUUCUGUGUAGGAUUACUUAGCACGUGCAUGAAGUUAAAAUUAUGAAUCAGUUACGUAUCAAUUUCCAGUGAGUAAACAUCGUUUCUUAAACUUGUGAACAUGGCUCCUAGACGUACAUUUACUGUUAAAGAAAAAGUGGAUAUCAUUUCGAGACUGGAAAAUGGUGAAAACAAUGUUGAUCUGUGUAAACAAUUUGGGGUUUCUCAUUCUACAAUAUCAACGAUGUGGAAAAACCGCGCUAAAAUUAUGCAGUGUUUUGAAUCAAAAUCCCUUAAAAUAAAGAAAAAUUGUAAUCCAACUCAUCAAGAUAUUGAAAAUGUACUUCUAGUGUGGUUUAAAGCACAGAGAAGCCAAAAUGUACCUAUAAGCGGUCCUCUUUUGCAAGAGAAAGCUAAUCAUUUUGCCAGACAGCUUGGGAAAACAGACUUUAAAUGUUCAGAAAGUUGGAUUUACAGAUUUAGACAACGUCAUGAUAUAGUGGUCGGUAAAGUUUGUGGAGAAGCUGCUAGUGUAUCGCAAAACGACUGUGAUAAUUGGUUGAGAACAGUUUUACCAAAAUUAACUGAAGGAUAUACCGACAGUCAAAUAUGGAACGCUGAUGAGACAGGAUUAUUUUUUAAAUUGACUCCCGAGUCCGCGAAAAAACCAAGGUGUUUCAAGAAUGUUAAAACUUUGCCAGUUGAUUACGAAGCCAACAAAAAGGCGUGGAUGACAUCAGAAAUUUUUGAAAAAGUUUUACGGAAAUGGGACUCUGAGCUAAGAAGACACAAUAAAAAAAUCAUCUUAUUUAUUGACAAUUGUCCAGCUCACCCACACAAUCAAAAAUUGACUAACAUAAAACUGGCAUUUCUACCACCAAACACUACGUCAGUUAUUCAACCUAUCGAUCAAGGUAUUAUUAAGACUCUUAAAAGCCAUUAAAGCUUCUUGUCGAGAAAAUGGUAAAUGACAAUGAAAACAGCUCAACUCCUUUUGCCGUCAAUAUUCUGGACGGCAUUGAAAUGUUAACAACAGCAUGGGCACGAGUUACUGCAGAUACAAUAAAAAAAUGUUUUUUACAUGCUGGGUUUGGUAAAUUUUCUACCAUUAAUACAAAUGAUUGUCCUGAGAGGUUGCUGGUGUUUUACAAGUAACCCUGUAUUGAUAAACCACGUCAGGGUUCCGGAAACAUUAACAAUGGGAAUACAGCUAGGAGAUUUUCAAUACAUGAAUUCGAACGCCAAAAGGAUCAACCAUCUUCGGUCCUGAAGAAAUUGUACAAAUUGACGAAUACAAAUUUCUUAAAAGAAAGUACAACCAUAGUCAUCACAAUAAGGGAAAGGGAAAGAUCAGCAGAAAUGUUGGUGCCACUUAUUUAGAAAUACGUAGUUAGUACCAAAAAAACUCAUUGUCACUGUUCACUGUCUUCUGUUGUGUGUACUGAAUUCAUUUCAUGUUGUAACUUUGUAUAUUACAUAUUAACAUAAUAUUGUAAUUUGUAACAGUGA